AGUUAUUUUACGUACAAAGGAAAAAGUAAUGGCAGAGAUAUAAUAAAUUUAUAUCUCUGAUUAUAGUGCAUUAUAUAUAUUUUUAAAAAAUUUAAAAUACGAUAUAGUAGACUUAAACGAACUGUGUAAAUAAAUAGAAAAUAAAGUGAAUUGUGUUUUCAAUAUUUAAAACACAUGUUAACCAAUAAUACUCAACAAUACAACAUAAUAUUGUGGUUUUGUCAGUUAAAAGAAAGAAAAAGCUAAUUUAAUUUUAAAAACUUUUUGCAUUAGAAUUGGAAUUAUAAAUCUUUCCAUUUAUAAAUAAACAAAAAUCUUAACUAUGUCGACACGCAAGAAGUCUUUGCUUAAAGUCAUCAUACUGGGAGAUAGUAGCGUUGGCAAGACAUCGCUAAUGAAUCAAUAUGUAAAUAAACGCUUCUCAAAUCAAUACAAAGCCACAAUUGGUGCUGAUUUCUGUACAAAAGAAGUUGUUGUCGAUGACCGAGUGGUGACAAUGCAAAUAUGGGACACUGCUGGUCAGGAACGCUUCCAGUCAUUAGGUGUUGCCUUCUACAGAGGUGCAGAUUGUUGUGUACUUGUUUAUGAUGUUACGGCACCAAACUCAUUCAAAAAUCUCGACUCAUGGCGUGACGAAUUCUUGAUACAAGCAAGUCCAAGAGACCCUGAACAUUUUCCAUUUGUUGUUCUUGGAAAUAAAUUGGAUUUAGAUAAUCGUCAAGUUUCAACAAGGAGAGCGCAACAAUGGUGUCAGUCAAAGAAUGAUAUACCUUAUUUUGAAACAUCAGCGAAGGAAGGUAUAAAUGUGGAAUUAGCCUUUCAAACUAUUGCUAAGAAUGCACUCGCUCAGGAAGCUGAGGUUGAACUUUAUAAUGAAUUUCCUGAUCAAAUUCGCCUUAAUGCUGAUAGGAAUAAUCGCCCUGGAAACGUUGAUAGCUGCCAAUGCUAAUGAAAUAGGUGACAGUGGAAAACUUUUAAAGAACAAAUAACGAAUAUGCAAUCACGUUUAGAUCAGAGUAGGUAUCUUAAAGCCAGAAGCCAGGAAAGAAUAUUGAGAACAACAAA